AUGUCUUCAGUAGUGGAAGAUAUUUGUGAACUUUUGGACAGUUAUAAUGGAAGAGACAAGGUUGUCCGUUUAACAUGCUAUGCACUAAAGUUAUACGGAUGUAUCAAAGGCGAGAAGCCUUGGCAAGCAGCGGGCUCCCGGCUGUCCAACGCCAGGAUGAUGCUGCGGCUCUUCGAUGACAUACCUAUGAUCCGCCACACGUACAACUAUGGCAUAGGAAGACAUGAAUCGACAAAAAUGGCAGCUUUCCUGGGCGUAUUGGCGAACAUCGUCGAUCAAGCAUUCCUGCCCGUGGAAAAGGCUUGUUGGCUGCACGACGUGGGCGUCUUGCGACUGUCGCCGCAGGCUGCUGAAAAAUUGGACGUCAUUAGUACGGUGCUUUGGGCCGCCGGUCUUUAUAUAUCCUUGUUACAGACAUUCCAAUCAAUACGUCAUCUAUGGUGGAGUAGAGAUUGUCUACAAACUUGCUCGGAGAGCGGUGGAGCAGCGGCGCGACAAAACUUGGACGUAAGGCUGACCCUGCAGGCUAUCACCGCUGGCAAGCUGUGCCUAGACAUAACUCACGCCGUGAGCUGCCUACCCCCCGGCUGGCUGUGGGGCGACAGGAUAGGACCUACCAAAGUCGCUGCAAUCGCCACCACGUCUUCUGUUAUUGGAAUCGCGUUAUAUUUUGCAAAAAAACGAUUACUGAAGUGA